UUUAUUUACAUUGGCAACCAAACUGUCGGAACAAUGUGUUUGCUGUAAAAUUUCACAAUAUUUUAAUAUCCUAAAUUUUUACAUGAAAUGAUGGAUUCCGUUUACUUGAAAAAGAUAUUGCUAAAAAAUUUGGAAUCUGAUAAAAAGUGCUACAUAUAUUUACAUAGUGAGUGGGAUCAGAAGAAGCUUGUCAAAUUAUAUAUAAAAGACUCGUCUACACAGCAAUGUUAUGAAGGAAAAAUAGAAGCUAAAGAUUUUGAGGAGGCUGCAGAGGAACUUGAUAUAUCACUGGACGAAUAUCUGGAUGUGCUUAAGAAAGUGUUAACUACAGAUAUUGGUUUGGAUGGUUUUGAAAUUGAGUUGGAUCACGAAAAUAAAAUAAUGCGCGUGAAUAGGACCAGAGAUUUACACAUUAUGUAUGUGGAAAUACAAUUGCAGGAAGCUAAUAAAAAUUAUGAUAUGCUGGAUAUUGCCUUACAAAAAAUCAAUAAUGAAAAGUCCAAAAAUGAAGAUCAGGUAAUAGAAAAAGCGUUAUCAAAUGCAAUCGGUGCUGUCGAAAAAGUGUUGCUAGAAAAAGAGGAAUGGAAAGAGAAGAUGCUUGCAAAAUUUCUUCUGAUAUUAAAUGAAAAGAAAAAUAAAAUCGCCAAGUUGGAAAUGGAAUUAGAAAAGGUAAGCAAAGGAGGAAGCAGUAACAGUAAUGCACAAAUGGAUAUUCAGGACAGUAGUGACGAUGAUUUUAACGCUCCUACACAACGGCUUACGCCUCCCCCAACGGUAGCAUAAUAAAACUUAUAAUAAAGUAUGUACAAUAAGCUAGCUUAAGUCGAAUGUGUAUUUAAAAAUAUAUAAAAAAUAUAUGUUAAUUAUUUUGAAUUUAUUCUUUGUACUUGUAUAUUUAC